AUGGGUUCCGACACAACAUCCGAUGCGCGCCAAGCGACCCGCGAGGAGAUGCGCGAUGCUCGCCUCCCUCUUGCCUACAGAGACUCCUGCGCCCACCUUCUUAUCCCUUUGAACCAGUGCCGUAAAGAGACUUGGUACGCCCCGUGGAAGUGCGAGGACGAGAGACAUAGCUACGAAAAGUGCCAGUACGUCGAAUUCAAGAAGCGAGUCGCCAAGAUGAACGAGCUGCGAGAGUCCAAGGGCGGUGCCCGAAGCAACUAA